UUUUUCAUUUAGAAAUUUUUACUCAAUUGAAACGUUAGCAUUUGAAAUUCACCUACCAUAUUCGAUUGAUAAAACAUAAAAUAUAUAGACAAAAAAACAGUGUUUUCAAAACAUAACUAUGCAUUCUUUAAAUCCAGAAUAUGAUUAUCUAUUCAAACUUUUGUUAAUUGGUGAUUCUGGAGUUGGGAAAAGUUGCCUUCUUAUCAGAUUUGCUGAUGAUACAUAUACUGAGAGCUAUAUUAGCACUAUAGGAGUUGAUUUUAAAAUUCGUUCUAUUGAAUUAGAUGGGAAAAUUAUCAAACUUCAAAUAUGGGAUACAGCUGGACAAGAGAGAUUUAGAACUAUAACUUCUAGUUAUUAUAGAGGUGCUCAUGGAAUAAUUGUAGUGUAUGAUAUCACUGAUCAAGAAUCCUUCAAUAACGUGAAACAAUGGUUACUAGAAAUAAAUCGAUAUGCCAGCGAAAACGUGUGCAAGCUCAUUGUUGGGAACAAAGAUGAUUUGACUGGCAAAAGGGCCGUCAAGGACACUGAUGCCAAAGCCUUGGCUGAUUCCUUGGGCAUCCCUUUCCUCGAAACGAGCGCCAAAAAUGCGAAUAACGUCGAACAAGCCUUUAUCACAAUGGCCUCAGAUAUCAAGCGCAAGAUGGGAAACGCCAAUCUCCUUUCGACAUCUUCAUCCACCGCAGCCGCCUCUCAUGAUAAACAGAAUGUUAAAAUAUCCGGCGGAACAGCCGUUAAGCAAGGGGCCAGUGGUGGGGGAUGCUGUUGAUAAACUUCCUUUUUGUUUUAUAAAUUAGCUGCGGGUAAAGGGGUUGAGGGAAAAAGCUAUGAUGUAUUAUAGAUAGAACCAUUACAUCACUUUGUACUUUGAUUUACUUAGUUACCUUAAAAUUAAGAAUAUUUAUUAAUCUAAUUUAAAUAUAAAUUUUUUUUUUUAAAUUUUAUGGUUGAGAAAGCUUUAAAUUCUACUUUUAACCAACCCAUGCACUAUAUAAGAACAUUUUGGCAUAAAUAUGAUUCUUAUGAAAUAUAAUAAUUAAUAUUUUUUCAAUCUUAUUUAUAUUCGUAAAGUCACCCAUUUUUUUUCUUUUAUAUUUAUUUAGGAUUGUAUUUAUAAUAAUCGAGAACUAAAAGAUCAAUUUUAUGAUUUUAUUGAUAGAAUGAAUAUUUUGAAGAUGGUUUUUUUAAAUAUAAUUCCUCAGAUUUAUUUUUAAUUUUUACUUAAAUUCUAAGAUAUUAGAUUAUUAUAAAAAAAAUAUAUUAUUGCGCGUGUAACUUUCUAACUUGAUAUUUUGCUAAUUGUCGUAAUUAUAAAAAAAAAUUACAAACAACUCCCCAUAUAUAAUAUGCUCAUAAUUAAAGACACACAAGGCAAAAUUGUUUUCUAUAAAUUAUAAUAAUUGUAACUUUAAAUUAUGCUUUAUAUUAUAUAAUUGCAUUAUCGUCUUUAUACUGAUAAAUAUAUAAAUUUCUUAAAUUUUAAAAUAAGGGUUUUUAUAUACUAGAAAUCUGUUUUUACAAUAAGAAAUUAUUGAUAAUUAUUAUUACUAAAAUUCUAAUAUUUCAUAUUUAAAAAAGUUUGAUUUUUUUUGCUAUAGAAAAUAUUCUCCGACCCUUUAUAAAUAUUAAUAUCAUUCCUAUAUUCAAAAUACACAUUUGAUUUUACAUAAUAAUAUUAAAAAUAUCACUUUUUGAUUUCGCAUUCUUUACUUCAAACUUAUCCUUCAAGAGCCAAAACAUGAGAAAUUUUGUAGAAGCCUUUAAAGAUUAUCAUUUUUUUUUCUAUUUAGAAAGCUUAACUUAUUAACCAAUCUUAUUAAUAUAAAACCAUUUAUAUAUUUUUUUAGAAACAAUGAUAAGAAAAAUGAAAGAAUUAU